AUGUUGCGGCUCUGGAUAUAUGAUGGCGAGCUAUCUGAUCCGUACAAAGAAUUCUUCGUCGUUGAGCCAGAACUCAGACCGAGCACAGAUCCCCGCCGCCUUGCGACUAGUGUUUGGGAAGACAAAUACACGCUCGAAGAUGUCAUGGUUCCCUCAAUCAUCACUCAGGAUUUUGCGAAGAAGGUGUUUCUGAUCGGGAAAUCGCUGAACUUCAUAAGAUAUGGUUGCGGUGACUCUGGAUGGGUCGAGGCCUAUUCGAAAGAAAGCUCCAAGGAGCUGCGGUAUGGUGAUACAGCCAGCCUCGAGACGUCAAUUGACGAGGCUUACAAGGCUACCAUGGCCAGAUUAAUCCAUCUCAUGGACGACAAAUUCAGACUCUUCGAUCAUCUCCAUGCUCUAAAAAAGUAUUUGCUGCUGGGCCAGGGAGACUUUAUUGCUUUACUCAUGGAGUCGCUUGCCUCGAACCUUGACCGACCUGCUAAUUCACAAUAUCGUCACACACUAACCGCUCAAUUGGAGCAUGCUAUUCGUGCGUCCAACGCGCAAUAUGACUCUCCAGAUGUCCUUCGACGUCUGGACGCACGUAUGCUGGAGCUUAGUCACGGUGAGAUUGGAUGGGAUUGUUUCACCCUCGAAUACAAAAUCGAUGCUCCAGUGGAUGUCGUGAUCACACCUUGGGGCUCGACUCAGUAUCUCAAAGUUUUCAACUUCCUCUGGCGUGUGAAGCGUGUCGAGUUCUCAUUAGGCAGCACAUGGCGACGUUGCAUGACCGGCGCCAGGGGAGUUCUAGGAAGCGUUGAUGACAAAGUCGGCGCUGAUUGGAAGCGUGCAAGAUGCGUCAUCGCUGAAAUGAUCCAUUUUGUCUCUCAGCUACAGUACUAUAUUCUCUUCGAGGUUAUCGAAUCUAGUUGGGAUCAAUUGCAGGCCUCUAUCUCCAAGCCAGGUUGUACCCUGGAUGAUCUGAUCGAAGCCCACACGAAGUACCUCAACUCGAUUACCCACAAAGGCCUCUUGGGCUCCUCGACUUCGUCUCAGAGCAGCUCCAUAAGCAAGCCAGAAGAAGGCUUCUUGUCUCAACUACACCAGAUCUUGAAGAUAACGCUUGCCUAUAAGGACGCAGUUGAUGGGUUGUAUUCAUUUUCAGUGGCAGAGUUCACUCGAAGACAAGAGUUGAGCGCAAAGAUCGAGACCCGCACUGCUCAAGGUCAAUGGGGCGUUUCAGAGCGCGAUCUUCUUUCCUUCCGACACAGCGCUGCACAUAGAGUGGCAUCCGCAUCAUCUUCGUUUUCUUUUACACCCAAUGUGGCAGCCACUGCUGACGAAGUCGCGACACCAACAUCCCUUGCAAAUCACGAUCUCACCACAGACGACCAUAUGCUUCCAGCGCUACGGACUCGACUCCGCGAUCUCUCAGCGGAGUUCCGCUCACGGUUGAAUAUCCUUCUCGGUGAUCUGGCCUAUCAGCCUGACGUGGAUAUGCGCUUCUUGGGCGUAGUCAUGAAUUUCAACGACGUCUACGAGCCGGCUCGGAGGCGGAAAACAGCAGGCGCCAGCUCUCGAGAUAAAGAGAGAGCCAAACGAAAAGCACCGCCCUCUAGCGGCAGCUCGGACCCCCAAUCGCAGCAGAGGGAAGUAAGAAAGGAAAGGAAGGAUAUAAACGCGCAAUGA